UCUGUCUGGAGGCCAAUGGGAUGUGGAAGCUCUGAGGACACUGACUCAGUUCUUGCCAAAGAUCAUAUGUUGCUUCUCAGUGUGAACGACAGCUGCUCUUCAGUGGAGGGCUUGGUGAUUCUGACUGCUCUCCUGUCUGAAUGUCCGACUGUGAUGGAGCUUCAUAUCAGUCUGUGAGGUCAUGUGAUUGAUGACACAGCAGCUCAGAUUAUGACCACAGUGUUGCCCCGUCUACGGUUACUCAACCUGUCUCACUGUGCCUGGUCAGCGGCUGGAGGGCUGCAGCUCAUCAAAGCACUGGGAGAAUGUGUCAGUCUGGAGGGCCUUUGUCUGGACUCUUUGCAGCUGAAUGAGAAGAGCAUGAUGUGUCUAGCACAAGCACUAAGGAAUAUCGUCUCUAUUCGCAGUCUCAAUCUGACCUCUUUUGGGACUCCAGAGCUGUGUGCUGUAGCUGCUAGUCUCACCCACUGUCCGCUCAUACAGGAUGUGGGUCUGGGGUGGAAUAACUGUGAGGAUAAAGUGGCAGUGGAGUUGGUCAAAGUUAUCCCUUUCUGUCAGAAGCUGACCAGAAUAGAUCUGGAAUCAAACAGUGUGAGUGGGGUUGGAGCUGAGGCCCUGGUUAGAGCCUUAAAGUCGUGUCCUGCUCUGCAGCUCAUCAGGCUGUGGAGGAACAAAGUCCCACCUAGUGAAGCCCACAGGCUCAGUCUGAGAGACAGGAGGCUGAAUUUCUCUCCUACCUAAUGUGAUCUGCAUUGUUGGACGGUGGCAGUGUGAAGCAAUAUAUCAGUUCAUGGGAAUCUGCAGAGAUGAGUGACUGCUUCAGUGGAGUUAAAAUGUGUUUUCCCUGCAGUAAGCCCAUCAGAAAUGCAUGAUAGCAAGAAAAACAUUUUUUGCUUAAAAACCCAAUCAGUUGUGUAUCCAAUGACUGCAGCAGCUGGUGUCUAGUAUGAAGGGUUAGAAGACCACUAUGUGGUCCACUAUGUGGUCCACUAUGGGGGAGGACCCCUUUAGAUGUACAUUGUUUGAAUAUGUAGAAGUUAGUAUAGAGUUCUCAUCCCUUUUUGUAUUCCCCUAAAAUAUUUAGAUUUUUUUAAUCUCAAGAGCUGCUUGAGGAAGUGAUUGAGUACUUGAGUAUUUAAGUACAUAUGAAUGUUAAGGUAUUAUAUUUUGGAAAGCAAACAUCUGUUUUUAAUGCUCAUAUAAAUUAAUGACUAUGCACUGACUGACCUCUAGUGUCGCGAUGGUGAACUGGCGUAUUUAGUUAAGUGCAGCGGUGUUGCUGCACUCUUCACGGUGACACGAUGUCCCUUUUUCCAUGGUCUAUGAUUGGUAUGGCGAUCCUGACGUAGGUGUAUUAACACCUUAACUAAUGUGUCACUUACUGUGACAGAAGGCUGGCUGACCGGACACACUGAUGCCUAUCCUUAUAUGGCUGCCUUUAUACUAAUCUAAUUACAUGCCAAAAAUGUCAUAAAGUUGCUGCUCAGUAACUGCAGUACAGCCGUGUUCCUAUAUGGUGAAUUCAAACUGAGAUAAAGUUGGAGUUGCUGUGGGAAUAUUCAAAAUGAUCAAAAUAAGCACCAAGAAUGAUUUUACAGCAACUACUUUAAUCACUAGAAUAAAUUUAUGAUUCAGAAAUUAACAUAACAUACAUAAAGUUCCCAUGUAUGCACCAGAAAUAGAUUUGGCGGAAUAACCACUGAAGAAACAAAACACUAAUUUGAGGUUGUCUGAGACACACUUCUUUAUUUUUCUAUUUUCUAUGUGUGUUUCUGUUGGCAGCUGUAGGUAGGUCGUUCCAAACUGUACAUACUGUUCAGUAACACGAACAUUGAUAUCUGAUAAUGAUAUAGAGGGACAACCCACAGAGCACAUUCUUCAGGAUCAGCUGCACCUGUUCAGUCGCGUCACUGCUGUCUCCACUCAGUCCGCCACCCUUCAGCGCCGUGACCUAGAGGCCAUGUUGUGAAGGAUUCCUUGGUUUCCAACAAAAUUUCCUGAAGAUGAGUUGCUGUGUGUAUGCAGACUUGGACACUCUGUCACUUUACACUGUAGACUGUAGCACUGUCUUUAGUAGAGGCCACAUAUGUGAAAACACAAUAAAUCAUGAACUCACAGUGAAUGAAGAGUUCAGAGGGAGCAGCCCCCAGACCCCCCCCCCCUCCCCCUCUCUGACAUUUGCUCUUAUGCUCAGUUUAGGUUGUGGUCUCUAUCCAAUAUGCGUAUUUAUUUCUGCUGUUAACACGGAAAGAAAUCCUCAGGUUUUUUGUUUUUUUUUUAGUUCUGUAUUUAUCUGUUAUUCAAAAGUUGGAAGUUUCUAUAUGACUAAAUUAUAGGUGAUAAUAAUUAAUUAGAUAGAACAAGACAUAAUUGUGUAUGUGUCAUGGCAGAAACGGGGAAUCGCCACAAUGAGACAAUUACAGAUCAGUCUCACCACUGUCGUCUUUAGUUUCUUUUUGUGCUGAUAAUGUUUAAAUUAGGUACUCAUUCAGAAAUGGGGACCUUGUUUUUUCUCUCGUUCUUUUAUGUUUUAUUGUUUUUUAAGUUUUCUAGUUCAUUCCGUUUCAUUUUAAUUUCUAUAGAGACACUGGAUUUUAUUUAACACAGAGAUAUUCUGCGCUAUCUGCUUCAAGUGGUUUAGCUUUUUAAUGUUUGUUUCCAGGUUGAAGUGUCAGUUCUCACAUGACAAACUGCUUUUAUCAUUAACAUUCAUUCAUUCUGAAAUGCACUGACAUGUCUAUUGACAAUAAAAAUAAAUAAAAUAAUAAAAGACUA